AUGGCUACGUUUGAUCUAUUUCUAGCAGAUCAUAUUGCGCGGAAUGGCAACAAAGGACGUAGGCACGCGUCAUAUUUAUCAUCUACUAUUUUUGAUGAGUUUGUAGAAGUGUUGACCGCCCAAGUAAGAUCAGUCAUCAUUGAAGAGGUCAAAGAGGCAAAGUACUACAGCAUGAGUGUCGAUUCCACCCCAGACAUAACCCACACCGAUCAACUGACAUUCAUUCUUCGUUACAUCAAUAAAGCUGGUCUACCUGUAGAGAGAUUUAUAGCCUUCAUCCCAAUAGAAGCACACGAUACAGAGUCUCUCACGUCAGAAAUUUUGACAGCUUUGGACAAAUUUGGAAUGGAGCUUCGAAACUGCUGUGGUCAAAGCUACGAUAAUGCUAGUAACAUGGCUGGAUGCCUCAGUGGUGUACAGGCCCGUAUCAAAGAGAUGAAUCCCAAGGCUUCCUUUGUCCCCUGCUCGGCUCAUUCUCUAAAUCUGGUUGGUGUUUGA